GGGCGGGCGCGGGCGGUGCCGGCGGCGCCGCAUUGCAGACGGGCACGGAGGGGGAAGCGAUGGCGCGGCCGCUGAUCCUCGGGCUGCUCAGCCUCCUCGGGCUCCUGGCCGCCGCCGUGGCCAGCCCUGUGCUGUGGCAGAAGGAGUGUGCCAAGGGGCCCGAGGUGUGGUGCCAGAGCAUUCGCACGGCGUCGCAGUGCGGGGCACUCAAACACUGCCAGCAGAACGUCUGGAACAAGCCUGCCGUGAGCAGUAUUCCCUGUGACUUGUGUAAGGAGCUUGUGACAGUUGCUGGCAAAAUCAUAAAGGAUAAUGGCACUGAGGAUGAGAUCCGCUCCUACCUGGAAAAGACCUGCGAGUUUCUUCCUGACCCAGGCCUCGUCUCUGAGUGCAAAGAAAUUGUGGAUUCCUACCUACCAGUUAUCAUGGAUAUGCUCAAGGAAGAGCUUGAUAAACCUGAGGUUGUGUGCAGUGCCCUUGCUCUGUGCCACUCCCUGCAGAAGCACCUUGCCUCAAUGAAGCUCCAGAAGCAGCUGCAGACCAACAAGAUCCCAGAGCUGGAUUUCUCUGAGCUGGCAUCCCCGUUCAUGGCUAAUGUGCCUCUUCUCCUCUACCCUCAGGAGGAGAAGCCCAAGCAGAAGCCUAAGGCCACUGGGGAUGUGUGCCAGGAUUGCAUUCAGCUGGUCACUGAUGUUCAGGAGGCUGUGAAGACAAACUCCUCUUUUGUGAAAUCCUUGGUUGCUCAUGCCAAGGAGGAGUGUGACCGUUUGGGACCUGGCAUGUCUGAUAUGUGCAAGAGCUACAUCUCUGAGUAUUCUGACCUGGCCAUCCAGAUGAUGAUGCACAUGCAACCAAAGGACAUUUGUGCCAUGGUUGGGUUCUGUCCUUCUGUGAAGUCUGUUCCCCUUCAGCCUCUGGUGCCAGCUCAGGUGGUUCAUGAGGUGAAAAUGGAAAUUGUGGAGAAGGCCACAGUCCAAGAGAAGGAGAAGACUUUUUCCUUGUGUGAAAUCUGUGAGACCAUGGUGAAAGAAGUGACUGGCCUCUUGGAGAGCAACAAGACAGAGGAGGAGAUUGUGCAUGAGAUGGAGGUGGUGUGCCGCCUGUUCCCGGGCAGCGUCAAGGACCAGUGCAAGGACUUCAUCGAGGUCUAUGGCCAGGCUGUGAUUGACAUGCUCUUGGAGGCAACAAAUCCUGAAGCUGUGUGUGCCAUGCUGAAAUGCUGUGCAGCCAGCAAGCUCCCCCAGCAGCCAGUUGUGGUGAAACCUGCAGGUGGCUUUUGUGAUAUCUGCAAGAUGGUGGUGGCUUAUGCAGACAAAGAGCUAGAGAAGAAUGCCACGACAGCUGAAAUUGAAGCUUUGCUGGAAAAAGUCUGUCACUUCCUGCCAGAGUCUGUCAGUGAGCAGUGUGUGCAGUUUGUGGAACAGUAUGAACCCGUGGUUGUGCAACUCUUGGCAGAGGUGAUGGAUCCCACUUUUGUUUGCACUAAACUUGGAGUGUGUGAGUCAGCUAAAGAGCCUCUCCUGGGCAAUGAUGCCUGUGUCUGGGGUCCGGGCUACUGGUGUAAGAACAUGGACACUGCUGCUCAGUGCAAUGCUGUUGAUCACUGCAAACGUCAUGUGUGGAACUAGAAGAAGAAUUUCCAGUUCUGAAAGUUUGCCAUGGCUCUUAGGAAAUGUGGGCCGAGGUUGGCAGAGAGCUGUAUCUCACCUGUCCCUCCUCUCUGCCUCAUUAACAAUUUGACCUUCAAGUUCCUUUGUUGUAACUCUUCUGUAGCAGUGCUGCUGUUGAAGGAUCAGAUUUUCAUUGUUGACUUAACAAAGAUACUUCUGAUUGUACAGUUUAACCCAUUAUGCUCCUAAAAAUAGUCAGUGUGUUGUAGAUUUUGUUUUUAAAUUGGUAGGCUGAAGUGUUUAUGUGCUGGGAAGAAUGACAGAGAUUGUGAAAUGAGACAAGGCUCUUUUAAUUUUUAAAAAAAGAGCAAGAUAGCAGCUAAACUUUCAAAUGUCUUUCUGUAGGCAGCAUUGGGAAGGUUUUACAUGCUUUGCAUUUUUAACAUCUGGCUGGAAUGUUUAUUUUCUGUGUAUGGGAACUCUAAGGGAUAAUGUUGAAUCUGGGAAUCCUUUUGGCUGGAAUUUUCAAAGCUCUGCAGAUGCAGAGGAGUGGGCUUUGUGUGCCCUGCUACCUUUCCAAGUCACUGAUAAUUAAAAAGAUGCAUUUGAAUGA